CUUCCUACUCACAGUAUUAAUCUCUCUUCCCCUGCCACCACCACCCCACUCCCCAAAUCUCCGUUGUGGCCUCCAAUGGCCUCUCCACCCCGCCCCGUCCUCACCGCCCUGCUCCUAGCCCUCCUCCUGCUGCCCCCUGGCAAUGCCUCCGGCGCCGCGUCGGUGAACCCGUUCACGGCGAAGGCGGCCUUCAUCCGGUACUGGAACCGCAAGGUGCCCAACAACCGCCCCCACCCGGCCUUCUUCGUCUCCAAGCUCUCCCCGCUGCCCGCCGCCGACGCCGCGUCCUUCCCCUCGUCGCUCCCCGACAUCCGCGCCCGCCUGCCCACGCUCUGCUCCAAGGCUGCUCUGCUAUGCCCGUCGUCCUCUGGCUCUGAAUCUGAUGUGGCGGCAAGAAAGGGCCCGUUCACGGGCUACAGGGACGCCAACUUCACCAACUACGGCUCCGGCGCCGGCGCCGGCACCGACGGGUUCAAGAACUACUCCCCCGACGUCAACAUCGCCGGCGACUCGUUCCGCCGCUACGGCCGGGACUCGUCGGCCCGCGCCGACUCGUUCAGCACCUACGAGGCCAACGGCAACGUGGUGACUGCCAACUUCACCUCCUACGCCGGCGGCGCCACGGGCGGGUCGGGCUCCUUCACCUCCUACGCCGCGAACACCAACGUGCCGGAGUCCAGGUUCACCAACUACGACGCCGGGGCCAACGGGCGGAGCCGCGGGUUCACGUCCUACUCCCCGGAGGCCAACAGCGGGGAGAGCAGCUUCUCCGGCUACGGCAAGAGCGGCAACAGCCUGCGGGAGACCUUCACCUCGUACGGCAACGACACCAACACCCUCAGCUCCGGCUUCGCCAACUACGGCGAGUCGGCCAACGGCGCCACCGACACCUUCACGGGGUACGGCGUGGAGGGGAACGUGCCAGAGAACACGUUCCGGAGCUACGGGGCCGGCGGCAACGCCGGCGUGGACACGUUCAAGGGGUACCGCGACGGGUCCAACGUCGGGGACGACAGCUUCGCGUCCUACGCCAAGGGCGCCAACGGCGGGGCCGCCGAGUUCGAGAGCUACGGCGGGUCGGCCAACGCCGGCAGCGUCGGCUUCAAAGGCUACGGCCAAGGCACCAACCGCAACCACGAGAUCGGGUUCAAGGCGUACGCCGGCGACAACACCACGUUCAAGGCGUACGCCAAGACCGGCGUCGACUUCAAGGAGUACCACAACACGUUGGCGGAGUCGACGACGGCAUCGACAUCCGAGCAGCAGCAGCAUCAGCGGCAUGCGACGAAGUGGUCACCGGAGCCGGGAAAGUUCUUCAGGGAGAGGGAGCUGGUGGCCGGGAACCGAAUGCCGAUGCCGGACAUCCGGGACAAGAUGCCGCCGAGGGCGUUCCUGCCGAGGGACAUCGCCAGGAAGAUCCCGUUCGAGGCGAGCGCCGUGUCGGAGGCCUUCGGGGCGCCGCCGGACACGGCGAUGGGCAAGGCGGUGGCGUCGACGGUGGCGGAGUGCGAGCGCGCGCCGAGCCGGGGCGAGACCAAGCGGUGCGCGACCUCGGCGGAGGACGUCGUGGACUUCGCGGUGGAGAUGCUGGGGGACGACAUCGUGGUGCGCAGCACGGCCUCGACGGCGGGCAGCGGCGCGGAGGUCAGGCUGGGGGACGUCACCGGCGGGAAGGCGGCGCGGGCCGUGUCGUGCCACCAGAGCCUGUUCCCGUACCUGGUGUACUACUGCCACUCGGUGCCCAAGGCGCGGGUGUACGAGGCCGACAUCAUGGCCGCCGACGCCGGCGGCGGCCGGAAGAUCAACCGCGGGGUGGCCAUCUGCCACCUCGACACGUCUGACUGGAGCCCGAGCCAUGGCGCGUUCGUCCUCCUCGGCGGCGAGCCCGGCAAGACGGAGGUCUGCCAUUGGAUCUUCGAGGGCGACAUGACGUGGACGGCCGCAGAUUGACCGAUCGAUGCCAUGGCAAGUGCUUAAGCCAGACUAAGACAAAGGAGUAGCAGUACAUUUACCGGGUUCAAAUUUAUGUGUGGUGGUCUUGUGUACGUAUGGACCAUCGUCCAAAAAGAAGAACGCGUUGAAAGAAAGCGUGAGCUGA